CACCCUCCAGCCCUUUGUUGUUGUUCUCACGCUAACAUGCGAGAUCCGUAGACCCGACUCACUGCGCGGUCACAUCCCGCCCCGACUUCCCCUCUGCCAGCGGCCUGCUGCUUUGAGAUGAGGAGAAGAUGUCGGUGUCGGGGCUGAAGGCCGAAUUGAAGUUUCUUGAGUCCAUUUUUGACCCAAACCACGAACGAUUCAGAAUAAUAGACUGGAAACCCGAUGAACUGAGUUGCCAAUUCAACGUAACAGGAGAGAAGCUGCUGAUCAUUCACUGCAACAUCACGGAAUCAUAUCCCUCAACACCGCCAAUAUGGUUUGUUGACUCUGAUGAUCCCAGUCUGGCUGAAGUGUUGGAGCGCUUGGAGGAUGUGAGGAAAGGCAGCACAUUGCUCCUUCAGCAGUUGAAGCGCCUCAUUUGUGACCUCUGUCGCCUUUACAACCUGCCACAGCAUCCAGAUGUAGAAAUGCUCGACCAGCCUCUGCCUGCUGGCCCAAUCACCCAUGAGAGAAAGCAUGGCCCAUCAGAUGAAGUGACGUCAGAAGAGGAGGAAGAGGAAGAAAUGGGAGAGCAGGACAUUGACCUGGACCAAGAUCUGGACCAUUACGACAUGAAAGAAGAGGAGCCAGUGGAUGGUAAAAAGUCAGAGGACGAUGGGAUAGAAAAAGAAAACCUGGCAAUCUUGGAGAAGAUUCGUAAAAACCAGAGACAGGAUCACUUGAAUGGUGCAGUGUCAGGCUCUGUGCAAGCCUCAGACCGCCUAAUGAAGGAACUCAGGGAGAUCUACAGAUCACAGAGCUACAAGACAGGUAUUUAUUCAGUCGAACUAGUCGGUGACAGCCUUUAUGAAUGGCAUGUCAAGUUAAGGACGGUAGACCCAGAUAGUCCAUUACAUAGUGACUUGCAGGUCUUAAAAGAAAAGGAAGGAGUGGACUACAUUCUGCUCAAUUUCUCGUAUAAAGAUAAUUUUCCUUUUGACCCACCGUUUGUACGGGUUGUCUCACCUGUGCUCUCCGGAGGUUAUGUUCUAGGAGGAGGGGCCUUGUGCAUGGAGCUUCUCACAAAACAGGGCUGGAGCAGUGCCUAUUCCAUAGAAUCUGUCAUUAUGCAGAUAAAUGCAACUCUGGUGAAAGGAAAAGCCAGGGUGCAGUUUGGAGCCAAUAAGAACCAGUACAAUCUUGCCAGAGCACAACAGUCAUACAAAUCCCUUGUGCAGAUUCAUGAAAAGAAUGGCUGGUACACACCACCCAAAGAGGAUGGAUAAACAGAGCUACUACCACUAUGCACUGAGAACAUGUCUUUGGGUCAAAGUAUCUUGUUUUCUUUGGAAUAUUUCCCCCCCUCUGACUUAUCUGGGGAUAUAUCAUCUUUAGUGCGGAAACCAUCUUGUUGGCUCAUCUGACAGGUAUUCCUCCACCCCCCCACCCCCUGCUUCGGGAAAAGACUUUAUAUUCUGGUAUCACUCGGCUUCUCCCCUCAGUGUUUUAGUGAGGAGGAUGAUGUGAGGGAAUCACUCGUCCUGUUUUCUAAACAUGCUCAUUUGUCUUUUAAAAAAAAGAACUUUCUCCCUUUAAGUGAGGGGAAAUGCUUUUUCUUUUAGCUGCUUUGACAAAGUGGGCUUCACAAACUGUCAGUUACCCCUCUUUAAAUGGAACAUUUUAAAAGAAGAUUGAUAUAGAAGCUCUUUGAGAGGCAUAUCGCUGCACCUGUUUUUAUUAACCAUAAUCUCUUAUCUUAUUUUUCCCUGUUUCUUUUGGAAGUUAACUGGUACACAAAAUUAAGUGUUGUUUUAGAAGUUUUCCCUUUUUUUUUCUUUUUUUUUUUAUUUUAUUUCAUCCUCCAAGAAAAUUAAUGAGCCAAUUUUAAUUUUUUGGACACUUCUCUUUCAAAAUGAGGAGCCCUACUACCAGUCUCUCUCUUUUAGUCCUUACUGACUGUUAAAGUGGUGUGAAGAAUUUUGGGCCAAGCAGAAUCCGUGUGCUACAUUUUGUGGUGAUUCAUCUUAAAACAGGGUCAAAGGACAUCAAAUAAGAGGAUGAGUGGAUGUUUUUUCCUCCAGAGGAUAAUACGAUGAGUGUUGUGGCAUCAUUUUUGGAGGCUGGAAUAGACCUAAUGUUAAAGCUCUUUUUGCCUUUUACUUCAGUUAACACAUCUGUCCAGCAGGUACUCAGUUUGACUCUCGGUCUCUCAGCUGGCGAUAGCUGCAGAGCUCGCUGGUAGAUCAGAUGCUAAAAAACAAAGCCGUUUGUUUGCAGAGAGAUCAGCAUGUGGCACUAGAGCCUUGACUCAACUGCUCUGAAAAAAAGAACAUAGCUGGAUUUGAUGGUGGAUGACUUUGAUGAAGCAGAACUGUGAUGGGAUUAAAUGAAGGGUGUUAGAGUGUGAUUUAUUUUCUUCAUCAUUCCUCACGGGUUUGCGGCAAAACAUGUUUAGUCAAAUAUUCAAGACAUUUACUGAUUGUUGAAGUUUCCCCGUGCCCAGUUUGGAUUUCAGACUGUUACCAUGUUACAUGACGUCACACAGCUGAACUUAACUCCCUUAGUUGUCCCUAUCAGCUACUAAACGCCACGCACAGAGCUUCCUUUGCCACAACAAUACACUUCAGACGUGUUUCGGAUUGUUGCAAAAAGGAUGCGUUCAAUGAAGAGAGAACUUACCUGAAACACUCUUUUAUUUUGACUUCAAUAACGCAAUAUACUGUAGUACGUCAUCAGUAGUGCAGAUCCCCAUACUACAGGACACACACUGUAUUGAUCAAUCUGUUGGCUCUUUUGCAGUUUAUCUGUUAACACUGUCUGCAAAAGUAUGUUUGAAUGGCAACUCAGGUAACAAACAAUACUUAGAAGGGGGAUCUGAACAUGCACAUUUGGUGUUUGGGGGUAUUUUCUUGGAUAUAUCAACACUGUUCCGCGAGUAAUUUAGGGUGUUUACCCGCUGAUCUGAUGUCAAAGAAAACAUAGAGCUUUAUGAUAAUAUGGCCACAUGUUUGAUCUAAAUCAAACCAUGCAGGAGGCAGGACAUUAACAAUAAGGAGGCCAUUUUAAUAGUACUGCAGAAGCAUGAUGACCAUCCAAGCUAACUGCUCAUUGAUACAAACUGCUGUCGUUUUUUGGCUUCUGCUGAAAAGUUCUCAGUGUGUGAUCUUUAAAAUAUUUCUGAUAAACAACUUUGCACAACUGGCAAUAAUGUGCCUGGAGAGGUCAAAUCUAACACACAUUCUUAGCUGAAUAUUUAAUCAGGAAAGAUGUUUUUGUUUUUGUUUUUUCCUUAGCACACCGCUUCACAUCUUGUUGUUACAUGUCUGUUACAGUUGAGGGGGUGGAGUUAUCAGGUUGUCCUCACCUCUAAGUCAGUCUGUGUUGUUUAGCUGUACAGGGGAGUUUUUUUUAAUUACUUUUUUUAGUUUUAAGAAACAACUCCCCCUCCCGCUUCGUAGCCUGUCUGCCUGUGUGAUUCCCUCCCUGAAAAAAAUGCCAAACUCCGCUCAGAGGGGACGUUAAGAGAUGAUUACAUUUUAAGGUGAUGCCGUGAUGAACAGACUUGCACGCUUCUCUUUCUGGACUGUGAGUUGAAAAAAAGCUUCAUUUAUCUCAACUGUUGUUUCAUUAUCUGGCACCAGCUAACAGAUGAUCAGGUCUGGCGCCCUUGGCUCAUGUUGGUUUUGUUUUAUUUUUCAUUUUCCAUUUGAAGAAAUUUUGACCAUGUACAGUAAUUUGUAAACUUGCAUCAAGUUUAUGAAUAAAGAAUUUUAAGAUUA